GAGUCACCGCCGGCGUCAAGAGAGCAUCCCUCGAGAAGGUGUCGCUGUAAUAUUUUUGCGAAAAUACAAGAGUUUCUUCACGCUGAACAGUGAUGUAACUGCCUGUGCUUGUGACCGUCAAAGCUAGGAAAAUUCGUUCCGUGUACCAUCUCUCGUGCUGUAGCACCACAUUCCUAGCAAAGUGGGUGGUGCCUUUUGGGCCACUUGGGCGCCACAACGCACCGUGUGGAAUUGCAGAGGCGGGAAAUGCAAUUCAACUUUCCCAACUGCAUCCGUGGUAUUGUUCAAACGGCCGGAAAUGCAGUGUAACGGUAUAAAGUGAUUUAUGACAUCUAUUCCGGUUAGCAAUUUAAGUGAUUUCCCCCCACAUUGGAAUACACUAUAUUUGGGAAAUUCGUCACGAUACGGAGUUUUCUUUUCUUCUUCUAUAUUCCGUUGAGAAUUUUCCUAUAGCGUAAAAGAAAAUAAACCUCCAAAAACAAACCCCUUCAGAGCGCCCCUUAAAAAGUGUUUCAAGUGUAGUGAAGAGAUGUUGCCUCGAAGCAUAAGAAACCCCCCUAGCAAGUGCUGAAGACACCGUGAGAAAUAUUAAGAGGUGUUAAGUUUAUUUCAUCCCUCAGUGCUACAUACGUAUAUAGCACACAAGAGAGUUUCAAUAAAAACCCAGAGACUGCUUACAUCCAACCCCCCAUUCGCCUCCGACUCCUCUAACCAAUGGAUAUUUCUGCCACACGCAGGAAAAGCGAAGGGAGUUAGAGGUGACGAGAGUGUGACAUCCGUCGAGUAAGAGGAAUUUUUGGUCAGAAAGACACUGAACAGAACACCACCGAAAUGCUGCCAGAAGUGGGACAAUGCCUGAUAGUAUUGAUGUUGCUUUUCAAUUCAGAUGCCUCCCCCACGGAAAUUCGCAACGUGGACGAUGUGGAGGCACAUACAGGACCAUAUCUCAGUGAUCACGACAUCACGAACAUCACAACACAGGUUGGAACGCACGCGUAUCUGCCAUGCAAAUUGAUGGUUCCCGGUCAAUUGCAGGUAAAGCAACUAGGCAACAAAUCCGUCUCAUGGGUCCGAGUACGCGACGAUCACAUUCUCAGCGUCGACCGGAUGACGUUCAUUGCAGAUGAGCGCUUCCAGUCGUACUACGUUGAAACCACUGGCGUCUGGACGCUGCAAAUUAAAUACGUUCAGGCACGCGAUGCAGGCGUGUACGAGUGCCAAGUCUCCACUGAGCCAAAGAUCAGUGCUCAGGUUAAUCUUAAUGUUGUAGUGCCGCGAACUGAAUUAGUGGGCGAUGCCAUUCGAUACGUGAAGGCAGGGAGCAAAGUCAUUCUGCGAUGUCUGGUGCGUGGUGCCCUGGAGCCCCCAUCGUAUAUCUCGUGGUUCUAUGGUGUACAACAAAUCUACCAGGACAACAAGCGUGGUUUGAAGCUGCAGAUGGAACGUGAAUUUCUCGAUCCCGAAAUGGGCAAUCACACCACGGUGGGUUCUCUAAUCAUCAAUGCGGCACGGAAACGUGACUCGGGCAACUACACCUGCAGCCCAUCCAAUAGUGAAGCCAUCACCAUUAUGGUGCAUGUCAUCAAUGGUGAAUACUCCGCCUCGGCCAUCACAUCAGCAUCCACUAGAGGCAAAUACAGCGACUUGAUAGCGGCGGCAAUCAUUAUAUCAGUGGCGAUGCUCAAGACGUGACACCACCUCGGAAUGGCGCCGUGAAUCCACCCCCACAAUCCCCCAAGAGAGUGUUUGAUAAAGUGAUACGUUGAUUGUACAGUGUGGUUAAAACGAAUGCCCACAAAUUGUUCAUCCUCCCUCCCAUGCUAGCUGUGUGGUUUGUCUUUUGAAGCAUCCACCCGUGUGUGAGGGAGGAUCUUUCGACAGGUGCUUAGGAUUCUCGAGAAAAGCCCCGCGGUUAGAAUGAGAUAUAUACGCGGGGAUGGUAUGAUGAGGAAGGGAAAGGUUCUGAAGGGUGAUGUGUGUGUGUACCUAUGUACACACGUACGGCGAGUAUUGUAUAAAAUACUAUCCAUUUGUAUAUAGCAUUACAUAGCAGGUUAUAUGAUAAAAUACAUGUACUAAAAACACAAUUUAAUUCGAAAAUACAACCCUAAGAGGACUUUGAGCGUGGGGCGCGCACAAAUCACAUUUCACACGCGGAGGUGCACAUAAGAGGUAUCUCGAGAGGUGUUGCAUUGCACGUCAUCCCCUCAUUCACAACCCCCCUGCCGCAUUCCCGCCAGCAGCACUAUGAGGUGUGUAUGUGUGGGGGUGUGUGCUGGAGAGGGGCAUGGGGAUGUGAAGUGUUAACAUCGUGUCCUAUCGCUCUGCAACAAAUGGCUCAGCAAACGAUGACAUGACGGAAGCAGCAAAGAGCGCCCUAUCGUUCUCUGAGCUUUUACAACCAUUUGCGGACACCAAAAGCUCCCCAGGGGGCGAAUGAAACUCUUAAAUGCAUCAUUUACGUGGACAGAUUGCAAAUUGUGAAUUUUCUAUGCUGUUUUUUUUCCAAAAAAAAAAUUCAGAAACAUUCAACAUCAUUAUCGAUUGUAACUGUGAGAGAAAUAAUCCCAGAAGGCAGAAUAGAAAACUUUACAUUUAAUGUGAAGUUUUUCCAAAGAAGAAAAAGGAGAAUACUAAAAAAGAAUUUGUAAAUAAAGAGAAAUAUCAAAGAG